AUGCAAUCUCUUACCUGUCCCCCACCUUGCCUAGAACGUGAAACGUUACCUUCCCAGCAGAAUCACCCUACCCAAGUUUGCGCUCUUGAGAGUCUGAUUAGGCAGAUAACAGAGAUGUUUCAAGCAUUUCAAGCCAGGGAGAAAUCCUCCAUCAAUCAGCCAGGUCCGAUACAGAGGCACGCAAAUGGUGAUAGGACCAAUGGAAAUUUGGCUCCCAAAUUGGUAAAAUUGGACUUCCCUUGCGAUAACAGGGUUGAAAACCCCACACUUUGGAUCAGUCGAGUAAAACAAUUUUUCGACUUCCAGAGCAUUGCCCCGGAAGAAUAG